AUGGGGAAACAAAACAGCAAGCUCCGUCCUGAGGUGAUGCAGGACCUGCUGGAGAGCACCGACUUCACAGAGCAUGAGAUCCAGGAGUGGUACAAAGGCUUCCUGAGGGACUGCCCCAGUGGGAACCUCUCUAUGGAAGAGUUCAAGAAGAUAUACGGCAACUUCUUUCCCUAUGGAGAUGCUUCAAAAUUUGCCGAACAUGUCUUUCGCACUUUUGAUGCUAAUGGUGAUGGGACUAUAGAUUUCAGGGAGUUUAUCAUCGCGUUAAGUGUGACAUCACGCGGCAAGCUUGAACAGAAGCUGAAAUGGGCCUUUAGUAUGUACGACCUGGAUGGGAAUGGGUACAUCAGUAAAUCUGAAAUGUUGGAGAUUGUACAGGCUAUAUAUAAGAUGGUGUCAUCUGUGAUGAAGAUGCCUGAGGAUGAGUCCACACCUGAGAAGAGGACAGAGAAGAUCUUCAGGCAGAUGGACACUAACAGAGAUGGCAAGUUGUCUCUGGAGGAGUUCAUCAAAGGGGCAAAGAGUGACCCCUCCAUCGUACGCCUGUUGCAGUGUGACCCCAGCAGUGCUGGACAGUUCUAA